UUGACGUUUUGCGACAAGUUGUAGAUUUGUAUAUGGCGGGCAACGCGUUCACAUCUGGUUCACAUGCGUUUGAGUCCAUCCACAUGAGCUAUAGAGCCGCUUUGUAGACCGCGUCUGCACGUACAUGCGGUUUAUCAAGCAAACUAGCCGCACACACGUGCUGUACCUUCUUUCUGCUCUCUCACAAAUACAAAAUUACAGAAACGACCAGCAUAAUUUAAUCAUCCAAGGCCACACUUUUCAUUGAAGCUGAAACCCAGCUGUACCUCAUGAGUUUUGUGGAAUACUCCGAGCUCAUCCAAGAAGGGGAUGUCGUCAUUAUCUUCCUGGGUCAUGACUCCAUGAUGCCUGUCAAAGUUCAGUCAGGAGCUCAGACGCAGACCCGCUAUGGGGUUAUCCGCCACUCCAGCGACCUGAUUGGACAGCGCUUUGGUUCCAAAGUGACUUGCAGUAAGGGUGGUUGGGUUUAUGUGCUGCACCCCACACCAGAGCUGUGGACCGUCAACCUUCCCCACCGAACACAGAUCCUCUACACGACAGACAUUGCCAACAUCACACUGAUGCUGGACCUCAAACCGGGCUCUGUCGUCUGUGAGUCAGGUACAGGCAGCGGCUCUCUGUCUCACUCCAUUUUGCGGACCAUUGCUCCCACCGGCCACCUGCACACAGUAGAGUUCCACGCUCAGCGAGCCGAGAAGGCCAUCCAGGAGUUCAAGGAGCACAAGGUGUCUCACCUGGUUACUGUUAGAAACCAGGAUGUGUGUGCGGAGGGCUUUGGCAUCACAGGUGUAGCCGAUGCAGUCUUUUUAGACAUCCCUUCUCCGUGGGAGGCAGUCACACAUGCCAAGAGGGCCUUGAAACGCAAGGGAGGUCGUCUCUGCUCCUUCUCACCGUGUAUAGAGCAGGUCCAGAGGACUUGUGAGGCUUUAUUGAACCAUGGCUUUGAGGAGAUCUGCACACUGGAGGUUCUGUUGCGGGUGCAUGACGUUCGAUCUGUCACUCUGCCCUUACCAGACUUUGGACCAGAGGAGGACUGUACUAACAGCACACAGAUGGCUUCAGAUCUUAGUCAAAAGGAAGUCCCAAACACUGGGAACACCUCUGUAAUCUGCAAGACUGCCACACCCCCAAGAGAAAUGGCAGGACACACGGGAUACCUCACCUUUGCUACCAAACCACGCGACUAGAAGCAUAGCUGAAGCUGGCCACAGAGGAGACUGUUGUAACGCAGGCUCUCUAAAUGUCAUGCAAGGACGUGGGUGCCCAAUCCUGUUAAUGGAGAUCUUCCUUUCUGCAAAAUUCAGCUCCAACCCUGAUCAAACUCAACUGAACCAGCUAAUUAAGAUCUUCAGGAGCACUUGAUAAUAGAGACAGGUGUGUUGGAUCAGGGUUGGCUCUGAAGUCUGCAGGAACAUGAUUGGGCACCCCUGUGGACUUGUUUAGCUUCAUUUAGAUGUGAAAGAUCAGUUAACAGCUUGAUGGGCUUUUACAUCAAUGUAACAAUAAAUUGCAGUGCAGAUUGAUGUUCAUGUUUUUAUUUGUGUGCUUUUAUUUUUUUUAUACAAGUGGAUCUUUUGUUUUACUACAAUAAAUUAUAUUGGAAUGGGAAAAAAAA